ACAAUGCACUGUUCUUUUGCUGCCUUGUAAGCACUGAUAUCUCCUUAAAAAAAUGCAAAUCUAGUUAUAUUUAGCAAACUUUGUCAAUAAAACUGGUGUUGUUGUUGUUGCAUUUGUGAUUGAUUUAGAGUAGACUUUGGCUACGAUAUCCUUCCAGAGGAACAUGAUUGUAGAGCUCAGGAAGGCCCCCCUCCCGGAGUCUCUUAAUUUGUUCCUGUUUGUUGCACCAUGUCAGCUGCUGCUGUAAAGAAAGGGUCCUGGCUAACUGAAAUGCCUGGCAACUGUAACCAAGGGGCAGGCAUUGCUGGGCUUGGCCAUUUGUCUGUGCAAGUGACUUGAGGGAGGGAUAAUAAAACAAGGAGAGCCACUGAGCUGUAGGAGACAAGAGGGGGAGAUGGAAUUAUUUGAUUAUUUUUGGUUGGGGCAACAUCUUCAGGGUGUGCAGGAAGAGGAGGAUAAUGAGAAAAGAGGGCGACCCUUGGAAAGAUUGGAGAGAGAGAGAGAGAAAGAGAGCAGUGUGCUGGGAGGAGUUGUGUGAGAAAGAGGACCUCAGGUGCCGCCAAAAGGGAAGGGAGGAGAUUUAGAGAGAGAGAGAGAGAGCGAGAGCAGCAGAGAGAGAGGGGAAAGGAAGGAGGGAGCGAAUGUUAUCGAGAGGCAGAGUGGAAGAGAGAGAGAGAGAGAGCGAGAGAGAGAGACUGUGAGGGGGAGAGGAAACUGUGUGCCACUCACAGCAUCUCUGAGCACCAUCGUGAGGAAUUGGUCUCUUCUCUUCGGCUCAUCGCCACUUGACACAUGGCUCUGAGCGUUCCUUUUCUGCUUUCGUUUGGAAUAGAUUAAUUCCAUGUCUUAACUUUUUACUUGUGCAAAUUUUGAAAUGUGUUUUUGAAUCCUUAUUUUAAAAGUGUGCUUGUCACCUUAAGCAGGAACUGCUCUCAACCUGCUUUGGCUCACAGGUCGCAGGAAAAGCUGACAAGGGCAGGAGUGAUACAUGGAUCUUUGACUUUUUUUUUUUGCAAACAGAGUAUGUCACAGUUUCGCCUUUUGUUGUUCAGAAGAGGAGACUUGUUCACAAUGAGCCGUAAGGAAGUUGGCUAAUGGAGAGACGAUCAGGACUACCUCAGCAGAACAGACCUUGAAAGAAGCUUGGCAUGUACAACUAAUCAUAUCAGUUGCAGAGUCUCGCAAACUGUGUGAUCAUGAGUGGAUAUACAAAGCUUUUGCCCAUGGCUGUCCAUUUCUCUUUUUUGAGAUCUGAGGAGGCUUUCACAUAAGCAGCUAUAUACCUCAUUCAGAAACACUGGUACCAUUUUUUUUUUUUUUUUACCUUUUUACAUGGCCUGCUUUUUCCUCUAUCCAACACGCAUGGAAAAUGUUUAUGAAAAGUAAAUGGAUUGGGAGCAAAGCAGACCAAAGCCGUCAAUGUGGGCCCCCAAAACAUGAUCUUGAAAUUGAUUAGUUCCGUUUUGCCUCACUCAGACGCCUGCAGGCUCUGCGCAACGAUAGCUCUGAUCAUCGGAUCCUUAUUCCACAACCCCUUCUCAUAUCCUGCAUAUUGUAUACUUGUGAGGACAGCUUAAGGAAUUAGCAGACUUCACUGCAAAUACUGAAUUAUCAGUCCGAACUGUGGACCAAAUUGCCAGCUGGACUUCACCACAGACAUGCAACAUUUUUGUAAUUGCUGACAUUUUCAGCAGUCCUAGUUUUGCUUGCAGAGGAAAUAUCUCUGCCUGACAAUUAUGGAACUGCUAAGCAUGACUGAUUUCAGAGGAGAGCUGGGAGCCCUUUUUUCUCUCCUUAUGGGCUGUAUUGAUUUUUGCCAAUGCUCAUUUCAUUGAAAUCCAGCCAUGUGAAAGACAGAGGAAAAGGGAAAAGAAGGAAGAUUGAGUUCUGCUGGAAGAGAUCACAGAGAGGGCACCUACACAGGCUCACAGGCCAUCUGCACUGCGUUUAGGAUAGAACCCUAUCCAAGUGAACAGGGUCCGGGACAAUGAACCAGUCAGGGCUGAUUGAACCGGUCCCCACUGCAAACAGCAGCCUUAGCAAUUACUUCAGCAGGUCACUAAACCAUUCCUGCCCUCUGGGUUGGGGACAAAACAAGGUUGUGGAGGCUUGUGUCUUGGAGACAGCCGUCAUCGUAUUACUGACCGUGCUUAUCAUUGCAGGGAAUGUGACUGUGAUCUUUGUGUUUCAUUGUGCCCCUUUGUUACACCAUUACACCACCAGCUACUUUAUCCAGACUAUGGCCUAUGCUGAUCUGUUGGUGGGGCUCAGCUGCCUAGUGCCCACCCUUUCACUGCUCCAUUAUCCAGCUGGUGUCCAAGAGCCACUCACCUGUCAGGUGUUCAGCUACGUCAUCUCUGUUCUCAAGAGCGUUUCAAUGGCCUGUCUGGCUUGUAUUAGCGUGGACCGCUAUUUGGCUAUUACAAAGCCCCUAUCUUACAACCAGUUGGUAACACCCUGCCGCCUUCGUUGCUGCAUCGUUCUCAUAUGGAUCUACUCUUGCGUGGUGUUUCUACCUUCAUUCUUUGGCUGGGGUAAGCCGGGGUACCAUGGGGAUAUCUUCGAAUGGUGUGCCAACUCUUGGCCCACAUCUGCGCUCUUCACUGGCUUUGUGGUGUGCCUGCUGUAUGCCCCUGCGGCCCUUGUGGUCUGUUUCACAUACUUCCACAUCUUCCGCAUUUGCCAGCAGCACAACCGGGAGAUCAGUGAACGAAGGGCACGCUUCCCCAGCCAGGAGAUGGAAACUGCAGAAGGGGGCCAUCCUACAGGCCACGGACCGGACCGACGUUAUGCCAUGGUACUCUUUCGCAUCACCAGUGUCUUCUACAUGCUGUGGCUCCCCUACAUUUUCUACUUUCUUCUCGAGAGCUCCCAUGUGCUGGACAGCCCUGCACUCUCCUUCGUGACCACCUGGUUAGCAAUUAGCAACAGCUUUUGCAAUUGCGUCAUUUACAGUCUUUCCAACAGUGUGUUCCGACUGGGGAUGCGCAGACUCUCGCAGACCCUUUGCUCGUCCUGCUCUUUCAGCCCUUGUACUCAUGAUGAUAAGGACUUUGGCGAGCCAAAGCCAAGGAAGAGAGCCAAAUCUUGCUCCAUCUGAAGAUUUGCAAAGAAUUGCGGAGAUCAAUCUUAAGCUGCUAAAUGUUGGCAUUCGGCCCAGAUUUAACAAACAACAAUAUAAUUGUAAAGUAAAUAGAAACUUAGUAGUUUCUUGAAAGUAGAUUGACUGUGUUACACACGCCUAGCUAGACAACACCCUUUUGUCUAGUCCUCAUAUGAUCUACAUCCUUGAAAAUAUUAAAUUGACACCUGCCUUGGUCCUGUAAAUAACAUAAAAUGGUCAUUGGACGUGACCACCUAGAAAUAUGCAGUUUUUAGAGAGUUUGUGAGCAAAAUAUAUCUACAAAAUAUUUACAAGUCAAUGCCAGGGGUGGGUUCAAAGCUCUUCUUUGUGAUCGCUAUUUCCAAAUAUAGAGCACACUUGCUAUUUUUAGUCACAUUACCCUUGUUGCAGAAUUGGAUGUUUUGAUGUUUUAGUUAGUUUUGUUUCACAGCUGUAACCAUAAGUAGCAUCUUUACAAAAGGAUUUGAAGACCUUUUUGACUAUUGUUUUAUUUCCAUUGACUUGAGUCUUUGGAGUCUUGAGCCUCAUUCUUAUUAUGGCACAGUAUGUCUUAAAUCUAGGAUUUAAAUGCAGCUAAAACAAAUAUGUUGGACCUGUGAAUCACGUCAAACACGAUAUAGCAAAGGGCGAAAGCAGUUGAUCCAAGUAUCUAUCUAUAUAUAUUUUAUUUUUAUUUUUUUUUCUUCAAAUCUUCAUUCUAGAUCUGAUCUUUUUCUUAGGAAUCUUUAAAUAUCACAUGCGCACAAUAUCAACAAUGCCUGUAAUAGUUCUGGACUGUAGUUUAGAUCCUCAGUGGUGUAAAGCCUUAGCUGUUUGUAAUUAGACCUACUGUAUUUGCCUGCAGUGACCCUUUGAGAAACAUGCAACACAGCAUGUUUUAUUUUAUUUUUCUUGCCAGAUCAGCUUUAACUUAACUUGACAUUCACAUUACUGUGAGGCUGAGCUUUUGAUUCUUCUCUCUUCUCUUUACUGUAUGUAUGUCCAAAACAAAUUUAUUUCUUGCUAAUUUCUUUGAAAACAUACUGUUUUGCUUUCAUCUGACUCUUUCAUUUACCUCUAUUGUCAUUUCAUGAGAUCUGAUGUUUAAUUAAAUGUAAUUUAUUUUUAUAGUUUUAUCUUUUUUAGGGUUUUAAAUUUGCGAAGGCAGGAUUCAAUUGUUUUUCAAAAUCAACUACACAUAUUUUAUAGCUUUUUUUAAACUGGCAUGGAAGCGGCAGAAAAGGUUGCAUUCUCAAGUUUUCUAGAUUUUUGCCAUUAUGUUCUGUGAGCUUUUUAUAAUGGUUUAUAAUUAACAGAUAUCUGUUAUGAUUUUUACAUUUUAAUAUUUAUUUUCCAAAGCAAGACAUUGAGAAAUGAUAUGUUCUGUAUUUAAUGUCAAAUUGAAUAACAUCUGUAUUUCUGUUUAAAAUAUUCUGCCAUGAGUAAAGGUGAGCUUUUUUGUUAUCACGUAUCAACAUGGAAGCCAUCAUUUAUAUAAUGGUACAAAGAAUACAAUAUAUGGCUGCUUCUAUUGGAUUUGUAAUACUUGGGUAUUGUUUGAGGCAGCAUUAAACAGAUAUGGUUUUGAGUCAAGUAUUGGUGGUUUAGUAAGAAAUAUUUCAUUUUGCUCAUACCUGUAAACUUGAUUUGCCAGUGGAUGUUACAGCUUUUUAAAAUUACAUGCUGAACCUCACAGUUCUAAAAAAAAAAAAAAAAAAAAAAGUCUGUCAAAAAGUACAACUAGGCUAGUUGAUGUACAUUAUUCAUUCUUAACAACAAAGUAAAAAUAAUUAUUUAUUUUUCAAUGUCCAAAUUUUAUGAAACUGAUGAAAUAGCAGGAUAUUCCUGUAUUCAUUUUGCUUUACAGCUGAUGUUUCAUGAUGGAAACCAUGAACCUAUGACAUCUCUGUCCAAUUUUUUUCUUCUAAUUAGGAAAGAAUACAAAAGAAAAGAGAUAUAUAUAUAUAUAUUAGUUCAUAGAUUUUUUUUUUCUGUUUUUGUGAGACUUUAGUUUUGCUGUUGCUGCCAGUACAAUAAAAGUAAACAGUGAACUCUGAUUUAUGACAACUGCAUCUUUUUGGUUGUGGUUCAUCUGGAUUUGUCCUCAACAAAAUUAA